CGCGUUCGUGGUGAUUGUCAUUAUUCGCGUUUGUCGAGUGACCUGCCGUCGGCGUUUUUCGGUCUCUUACGCUGAUUCUUCUCACAGCGGCGGAAGUAAGUCGUCGUGGACAUGGAGGUCGUCCAGAGUCUACCGGAUGAACUUGAACAGAAACUCGAGGCACUAGUCUCGGUAGCCGAAAUUCUGGGCCUCGACGAUAUGUCUUUUGCAAACUAUUCCCGCGCCCUCGUCCAGCUGUCGGAGGAGCAGCUCUCCUUGAAGCAAAUGCAGAUUCGUUUGGCGUUUAUCGAGAGGCAGCUCGUCGCUCAUCUCGCCACGGCCAAGCAUGAGCACUAUCAGAUAAAAAAGUGGACGGAACAUUUUCAAUCAGACAUUCAGUCCGGGGAAUCCGUGGAAGAUACCAUCCGCAGACGGGAAGCCCUCCUUCGCAAAGCAAAGGAAUAUCGCAAGGAACUUUCCGCGCUGCCGAUCUCAGAGCCACCCGUCACGAUCUCUGAUCUUAUAGCCCAGUCCGACCGUAUCAAGCAGCGCAAAGAGCAGAUAAAGGCGAAGCGGAGCAAGAUCAAGGCGUUCAAGGGCGUGCCGCCGAACCUGGACCUCGCACGUACACAACUCCGCGAGGCGCGCGAAGAGCAGGUGAAGCUCUUUCAGCUACGUGAGAGGCUCAUGGAAAAGAUGACAAGUGGGGUGUCUUGACGGAGACCGGAAGCAACCGCGAUUGGUCGUUGAAUAUCAUGUCGCGAACGGCCUGUUGCCUUCGCGCGUCUGCCUUCUAGAGCAUCUCUUCGAGGCGGCAUAUAGUGUAUUUGUGCAACAUCCACUUUAUAAACAUUGGUCAGUGUCAUCGAGCGGUCUAGAGGAGAUCCG